UGUGCACUUUGACCAAAGUCUUAACUCUGUGACGGAAGCAUUGCUUUCUUUAUAAGGUUCUGGAUUUGAAAGACUUUGGGAGCUGCUUCUAGUCAGCCACGGAUCGACAUUUAACAGCGGAAACUACAAAGAUAAACCAGUAAUAGAAAAAACACCCAUAUCCAAUGGAGUCCGGUGCAGAAUCCAGCGUGCAUUAUGACCGCUGGAGCGAGUCUAACAUCAACAUGAACGUGGAAGCGUCACAGAGCCCAUCCAGAAGGAUCUACAACAGAGUUUGCACUGGGAGCACUGGGAUCAUAAUGAAGUCAGCAGGAGCCUUGGCUGCAAUGGUGGUUAUUUACAUAAUAGGUUACGUGACAGGUUAUUACGUCCAUCGGUGUCCGAUGUAAAGGCUCUGUCAGAAGAGAGGGUUUCUGGAAAUUUUGUGAAAUUGUACUUUGAAUGAUUGUGUUGUAUUGAUGACUGUAUGCAGAUUACAAAAUGAAGAGAAUUUUAUCCCCUGACUUCAGUUAUGAAAUCAAAGAGAUUGUAAAGAAAAUGGAAAAUAAAGGAAGGAAAUUACAGAAGGCGUUUUAUUUCUUGGAUGCAUUCUGAUGCUUUAUUUGCAUCAAACUUCAGUUCAAACUCGAAUGGAAACUAUUUCAGAAUAAAAUUUGUAUGUAUUGAGUUUGGUGACAGAAUAAAUGAGAACAUUGGACCAACAUUA